GCGAUAUAAUGUUCUCGAAGAAAACGUCUGAGUAGAACUCAAAAAUAAUCUAAUUUUAAAUAAGAUAAAACACAAAUUUGUCUAGUAGAAGCUAAGUAGAAUAAACUACAAACAUGAAGAUUUUGAAGUGACUUCCAACGUAAAAUUGUACGGGAUUGCUCACUGAUCUAUUCUGGUUGUACAAGUGUUAGAAAUCUUUAACGAUGAAUACCACGGCAGUAUUAGCCAGUUUGGUGAGCAGGCAAGGAGCUCUUUACACUAUUAUGAUGUUGCAACUCACUGGCUACUUGUAUCCAACUCCGGCUUUACUGAAAUCUGGUGAUAGUUUUGACUACAUCAUAGUCGGAGGCGGUACAGCAGGCAGUGUUAUAGCGACCAGGCUUGCCCAGAAGAAAUACAAUGUGCUCCUCAUUGAAGCUGGACAAGAUGCUCCUUUCGAAAGUGUGUAUCCAUCACUGAUACCAUACCUCAAAUAUUCACAUUCAGAUUGGAAUUAUACUUCUGUGAAUGACACAUACAGCUACCAGUGUCAUAAAGGUAAAAACGUAGACCUAACUCAAGGUAAAAUGCUUGGUGGAACAGGUGCAUUAAACUACAUGGUCUGGUCCCGAGGAAACCCUAAAACCUUUGAAAAAUGGCACUGGAUCACAAAAGAUCCUACGUGGAAAUGGGAAAACGUGUUACCAUAUUUCAUCAAAUCUGAAGCUAUUCAUGAUUCUGCAAUAAUGAACUCUACCCUAAAAGAUUCUUAUGGUGCCAAUGGAUACAUAGGCAUCACAAGGGAAAACAAAUCCUAUACUGCUGAUUAUUUAAAAGGCUUUGAACAAUUGGGUAAAACAAUUAUUGCUGAUAUAGAUGGAAACAGAAAUGGGUACGCACGCGGUCUUAUAACAGUGUACAAUGGUAGGAGACAAGAUUCUGGAUCUCAGUACUUAAAACAUGUUACUUACAGUUCUUAUCUAGCGGUGGCUAAAGAUACUUUAGUAACAAAAAUCUUAUUUGAUGAAGAUCACAACGCAGUGGGCGUUCAACUUAUCACUGAUGAUGGAAGAAAUAUUACUGUUAAUGCAAGACAGGAGAUCAUUGUAACUGCUGGUGCUAUAAAAUCACCACAACUGUUAUUGCUCUCAGGCAUAGGUCCUUGUAGAGACUUGAAGAAAUUAAAUAUUCCUUGCAUCGCCGACUUGCCCGUUGGGAAAAAUUUGCAAGACCACAUAGCAGCAUUCAUUCCACAUACAACAAAUAAGAUAUUAACAAGAGGUACUGUAGAUCCCCAUGAAUAUCCCUCCGGACUAUUUGUUGGAUACGCAUCACUGAACGUGUCCCACAUUAAACAUCAUAUAAAAUACCCAGACUAUGAAGCAAUCGGCUUCAUCAUGAACAAUAUGAAAUUUUUAAUACAAUUCUGUGCAUUAACUUUUGACUUUCCAAAUUCUCUCUGUAAUAAACUAUAUGAAGAAGCCAAUGGAAGACAGGUCUUAAUUACUUUAUUAAGCAAUUUAUAUGGGUACUCCCGGGGACAAGUUCGUCUCAACAGUACCGAUCCUCAAGAUCCACCAUUGGUGAUUACUGACAGCUUUUCAAAUGAUAGUGAUUUAGACAACUUUGUUGACUAUAUUGUUGAUUAUUUAAAAGUCGAAGAGACAGAAGCAUUUAAAAAAUUAUCUGCGUCUAGGGUAGAUUUGACAUCACCACAUUGUGAUGCAUUUGAGGCGGGAAGUCGAGGGUAUUGGCGAUGCUACUCUCUUUGCAUGAUGACAAGCAUGGGUCAUUAUGGCGGGACCUGCGCUAUGGGAUCUGUCGUAGACAGCAGGCUACGUGUUCGCCACGUUAAAAAACUAAGAGUAGCCGAUGCAAGCGUUAUGCCGACUUUAGUAGCAGGCAAUAUUUUCUCAGCAGUUGUCAUGAUUGGAGAAAAGGUAUCUGACUUCAUAAUAGAAGAUGCCGGAUCUUACAAUGAUGUUGAACAUGAACAAAUUAGGGAAGAUCAACUUGAAAAUUUAUCGGCCAGUUUUGCGUGAAAUGAGUUCUGUAAUUA